AUGCUGCUCAUAGCAAUCAUCACUCUCUUCCUUGGCUUUACCACCUCUGUUGCCGGAAGAUGCGGUACUAGGCCUCCUUCUAAUACCGUCAGGUCUCUACAUAUCGAGGCCGAAGUCCAGGAGAAUGCGGCCAACGCCCGAAGAACCCUUGAUCAACGAAUCUUCGGCGUGACCGUCAACACAUACGUUCAUGUCAUCCAGCCAGUGGGCUCGACGGUUGAUCUUACCGCGCGUGUAGUUGAGCAGAUAUCCGUCCUUAACACGCAUUUUGCAAACUCAAACACCGGCUUCCGAUUCAACCUCGUCAGCCAGCAAACGAUCCAGAACGACGCCUGGGUCGAUGUCGUCCCGGAGUCCGCACAGGAGUUCGAAAUGAAAUCCACUCUGCGUCAGGGCCGCUAUCGUGAUCUGAACAUCUACAUCGUUACCAUUGAAAAUGACCCACCAGUCCUAGGAUACGCUACCUUUCCAGAACAACACCCUUCGCAAACAACAAGGUCUCUCGACGGCGUCGUCGUCAUUCCCAAUUCCCUCCCAGGCGGCGUGUUCCCCAAUGACCUAGGCCUAACAGGCGUCCACGAAGUCGGCCACUGGCUCUCCCUCUUUCACACCUUUGAACCCGACCCGAACUCCACGCCGGUGACGGGCUGCACUGGGCCCGGUGAUUAUAUCAUUGAUACGCCCGCUGAGGAUUCGCCGGCGUUUGGGUGUCCUGUUGGCCGAGACUCCUGCCCGAACCAACGGGGCCUGGAUCCUAUCACGAAUUAUAUGGAUUAUACGGAUGAUGCUUGCAUGACGCAGUUCACGCUAGGUCAGGGGUUGAGGAUGAGGACGCUCUUCGCGACUUUGAGGAGCUUCGUGUGA